AUGUGUACAUCUUUGACCCUUUUUGGUAAAGUUGAAAAUUUUAGGUAUACGAAACAGCAGCUUAGCAAGAAAACAAUGCGUGAACAUCUCUCAUGUCAAAAUAACGGUAGACACACUAAUCUGGUCAAAAAUUCGAUAACAUUAAGGAAGUCGUUUCAAGCUAUCUACGAAUUGUGCCGUAGGUUGCUGAAGAAGAGGCGUUGUCUCGUGGCAGCAGAAACAGUCACAAUAAGUUGGGACUUUCGGAAUAUUAGUUCUCUGAAAAGGAUGUCGCAGAGACCGUUUGGAUUUGGAAAUCGAUGGAUGGACACAUAUUCUUGUGAGCGAGCUGCCCCGCGUACACCUGGACCUGGCGAAAAACGCUAUCACCACCCAGUCAUUCCGAUCCAGUCGGCUGCAGUACCACACUAUGCCCAG